GCCUCUGCAAGUCAGGUUGGUAAGAAAAACUCAGCUGUGGAAUCAAAGUGCUACAAGCAACCAGGCGGUACAGUGAAUCUGCUGCUUACUGCAUUCAAGAGCCCUGGAGAUCAAUCAGAGGCAAUUGUCUUUAGUAGUCCUCUUAAUGCUCAGGGAUUGGUUGAUUGAGUUAAUUGCAUGCUAUUAUAAGUGACGGGAACAUUUUCGGUACAAAGGUGAUGGGUGUGAAGCAGUCUCGCAGCGUGUCCAACACAGAGUUGAAUGAGCACUUUGAGUUUAGCCAUGCGGGGGAUGGAUGAAACACCUGCUGAGCUGUGGGAGCUACGGGACCUUCAAAAGCUCAACUUGUCCAUGAACUGUCUAUGCUCCUUGCCUCCAGCUCUGGGUGCUCUGGACAAUCUAGUGAUUCUCAACUUGUGGGGAAACAACCUGUCCAGCCUCCCCACUGAGAUUGGUCUGCUAAAGAAACUCCGCGUGCUGUUCGCCUGUCGUAACCGCCUGAGCGAGGUCCCUGAGGAGCUGGGCUCCUGCACACACUUGGAGGUCCUAAGCUUGGCCAACAACCAGAUCUCCAGCCUCCCCAGCAGCUUAGCGGCCAUGCAUCAUCUGACCAAACUUAACCUCAGUCAUAACCGCAUUGUUCACAUCCCCACAUGCAUUUACAGCAUGAAAGGGCUGGUCUUCCUGCACUUGGCCUGCAACCGCUUGGAGACCAUUGCAGAUCAGAUUCAGGAACUGGUUAACCUGAAGAUCCUGAUCGUGGAGGGAAACAGUAUACACACACUUCCAAAGACUCUGUGUUUCUUGGAGUCAUUAGAGCUCCUCAAUGUGGACUUUAAUGAACUGCAAAGUGUGCCUGAUGAGAUGUACCAGUUGAGCAGACUGACGCGGUUGGCAUGCCACCCACUGGAUAAAGGACUUCAUAUUAUUCACAACCCUCUCCUCAAGCCUAUCCAUGACGUGCUGCAAGGUGGACUCAGUGCCCUAUAUAACUACCUUAAGCCUACAUAAAGAAAUACCAAUGUC